UGAUCUGGCAAAACCAAUCUCAUCAGUAGCUCUGUUUUAUAUAUGAUCAAUUAAUCAUCCGUAAUAAGAACUCCAUUAUUGUGUUUCUUGGAGCAGAAGAAAGUUACCAAACAUGAAAAUUUCCGAUCAAAAUUUAGAAGAAGAAGCAGAGAUUAAUCGGUUACCGGUUGAUUUGUUAGCUCGUAUAUUUCUUAUUCACACUGAAUUAACACUGGUAAGUGGUGUGUGCAAGAAAUGGAGAGAAGCAAUGAAAGUGUGUAUCAGUAGCAAAAAGAGUAUAAAAUUUGCUGGUUUUAAGAUGAAUGAUCAAUCUACUGCCUUCGUUGUACGGCACGCCUAUAGUCUUAAAGAACUUGACAUAUCUUUCCAUUGGGAAAUAUCUGAUGAUGGUCUCUGCCAAAUAUCUUUGGAAAGCUGCAUCACCAACCUAACAUCCAUUUCCUUAUGGGGCAUCACACGGAUUGGAGAUCGUGGCGUUGUUCCAUUGAUGAUCAGAGCCAAGUCGUUGGAACACCUGAAUGUUGGUGGCACAUUCAUCAGCGACGACACUUUAUAUGCUGUUGCAGAUAACUGCCCUCAUUUAAAGAGUUUGGUGUUAUGGAGCUGCUAUAGAGUAACAGAGAAAGGAGUUGAAUAUGUUAUAAGAAAAUGCCGUAAACUGGAGUGGGUGAAUGCAUGGGGAACCAAACUUCCUUUCACUUUCUCUGCUGCUUUCCGAACUCUUUAUCCGUCCCUUCGAAUAAACCAAGGCGGUUUUCUGCUACAUAUCUGAUAAACGAGUAAUCGAUCCUUUUUGAAUACUCAAACUAUUGUUUUUCUUUUCCCGUUUGGUGACCAAAUUUGAAUUCUUUUCAUUUUGAUUACUAAAUUCUAAUUUUAUUUCAUCAAGAGGUUUUCUGGCCAAAAAUACUUAAGUUAUGUGGCAGUCAUAUAAUUUUUUUACUUGAAAACUUGUCAUACAUGCAUAAUUUGACCUAAAAAACUCCUCUAAAAUGAAAGUCUGCAUAUGUGAUAAAUUUUCAAGGUAAAACUAGCAAACGAUUUCCACGUGUCAAAAUCCGCUGCCACAUAUGCAUUUUGGCCGAAAAAAAAUUUAUUUGUAACAAAAUUACAAUUUAGUAAUCAAAAUGGAAAAAAUUAAAGUUUGGUCACCAAAAUGGGAAAAAAACGACAAUUACCCUCUGGUACGCUUGAAUUUCCUGUUGCAUCUCUACUGAUGAUUUUUCUGCUCUCUAUUUGUAUAGCAAUUGUGAAAAACAACUCAAGAGAAUUCCAUUAAAAAAUGACUAGAGCAUGUGUGUGAAUCAAAUACAAGGAUAAUAAAUAUUGAAAAAUAAGUAUUAGCAGAACCUAUAUAAGUAUUCCAAUUCAUGCUGCUCCAUA